UAUCUUUUGGUUUCUGUGGCUUUCCUUGAACGAGCGCAAAUCAAGCCAACCAAAAGCAAGUUCCGACUCUCUUUAUUUUUGCGUGGUGUUGUUCCGAACUGCCAUAAAACCAAGCAACGGAGAGAGAUCUUUUGGAUAACAAAAAGAAAGAGAGAAAGCUACUACUACGGAAUCUUAUCGCAGACUAUCAAGGAAGACUGUUGUGUAUCUGAUUGUGGACUAUUACCUAUCCCUCUGUGUUGAGCUUAUUGCAUUGAUUGAUCUAUUUUCUUAUCGUGGACGACAGCUUGCUACCCCAAAAUCUGACCGGAACAAUGACCAAGACCAGGAAGGCUUCUGCUGCCAAAGCUUCUGCUCUGGUUACUCUUGACGUGGACGAAGAUGCUAACAUGUCUCAAUCGGAUAAGUUCCAGAAACGUUGGGAUAUCAUGUUUGCCAAACUGGAAUCCUAUUCCAAAAAAUUUGGAGAUUGCCUGGUUCCCGUCCGCUGGAAGCAAGAUCCCUCACUGGGCAAAUGGGUAUCUCGGCAGCGUGACGGCCACAAUGCCAAGUUUUUGACGGAGGAACGCAAGGCCCGUCUCAAUGCCAUUGGCUUUGUAUGGAGAUGCAAGGACUAUAACAAUCUCUAUCCUCAGUCCAAGGGCGAAAAGGCGCAGUUCAAGAGGCCCCAGGUUGUCCCUGUUGUCACCACUACCACCAAGACUCGCAACACGCGGGCAUGUGCUGUCAAAAAGGACGGUGCUCGAACGGCUACCGCGGCCGUGGCCAAGAACAGACCUACCAAAAAGAAGAUUCCUGUCGCCAAGAAAAAGACUGUUACAAAGGCACCCAAACCAACCACCCGAGCCGCCAAGGUUUGCCCGAUCAAACCAGCCCCAGAGAACAGCAAGAACGCCAAGAAAAAGGCGCCCACCAAGGCGUCCACGCGCAGUGGCCCACAGCAAUCACAAACAGUUCCAGAUAAUACUUAUCAACGUGUGGUUCCGGCGGAUCAGGGUGAAUGGGUCCAUCAAUAUGAAAAGUUGGUCCACUACAAGAGUCGCCAUGGACACACCCGCUUUCCUCGUCCUUUCACGGCCGAUCCACUCCUGGGGGCAUGGGUGCGCGCGCAGUGCCUCUUGUGGCAUCGCAAUGCCCUCUCCAAGGAACGAAAAGUAUUGCUAGAAGCCGUCAAGUUGGACUUUGAUCAGGUGAUCAAGGCCAGUAAUAGCAAUGACGGGAAGAAUGCAGCAGUUGUCAGCGAUAGUACGACGAGGGAGCCAGAAGAUACACCGGAAGAAGAUGUCAUUGGUGUGGCGCCACUAGAGGAGAACGGUGCAGUCAAGGAGAUGACGGACGAGAUGGCCGACGAUAAGACCUCCGUUGUCACGCCAGAACAAGAGGAAGAAGGAGAAGACAAGGCGGCAGAGGACGAUAGUUCUUUGGAUAACGUGGUUGGACGCAGGAGCAAACUCUCCUUGGCAAAGAAGAACAGUGACACAGAGAAACUAUUGCCUCCGCAAAACAACUUUGGCGAGUUGUUCAUUCCAACCAUGGCGGAAUUGAGUGAUGACGACGACGACGAGUCGAUCUCCAGCGAAGCGCAGCGGGAGAAGGAAGAACGAAUCAUGAAAGAACGACGGGAAUGGGAAGCUCGACAGAAGGAGCAGCUUGAGAAGGACUGGGACUUGGUUGACCGUGGUGACAAGGAGCAUUUCGAAUCGAAAUGGCAGGAGCAAUUCGCCAAGCUAUGCAGAUACCAUGAUCGCUUUGGCGGACGCCACAACGGAAUGCCUGCGGAUAUUGGUCUGCGAAGUUGGUUGGAAACCCAACGGGAUCUUUGGCGCAAUGGAUUUCUCAGUUUGCACCGCCAGCACAAGCUCAUGAGUAUUGGGUUCGACUUUUCACGCUUGUUGUCCGAAAAGCGAGAGUCCGAGGGCUCACUGCCGUUGCCGGGGAGCCAGCAGACGUUAGAAUGCUCCCAAUGGUUGAGUGGUCAACGUCCAUCGGUCGUUACGCCACCAACGCCCUUGGCCGCGCUGGUGAUGGCAGCGGAUAUCGUAUCGGGCGAUCCUGCUUUUCACCGUACUCCUCCUUGUGUCACUGGACCAGAGGUACAGACUCAAGUUCAGAACGGCUUCACAAUGUCCAACACGAUGCUCCCUGUUUUGGGUUCGUUUUCAAGUAUCCACUCUGCCCGCAUGCAUCCGAACGACGCUGUCACAUACACAACGAAGCUAGCUGCUCCAACAAGUGUGAGCCCUUCUCCUCUCAAGCUGAUGCAAAUGACACCACCAGAAAUCGGAACUUCCGGCUCUCCUUCCAACAAACGGCGCCAGUACUGCGAAGACGUUGCAGUGGCUCACAAACCACAAGCACAAAAGCGCCGAAGAAUUUCCGUGCACUGAGUGCUCUGCACCCGCUCAACCACAUAUAUACAGUAGCGACUUGAUUGAAGUUAAGGCUACUAGUUUCAUACUUUUGAAUUUAAA